GUAUGAACCCACCAAUAGUUACGGGUGUAUUACGGGUGGCAUAAUCUGGUAAUCACUCUGUGGUAACCAUGUGAUAAUCGAUAUGAAAUAAUUUUAAAAGCGCCGUGCGUGGCUGUGCGGGCUGCAGUAAAUAGAGGGGUCAUAUGUAAUGUUUUACUAAAAUAUAUUUAAAUUUAAUAUGUAUUCAUUAAGCCAUAUGUAUUGCAGGGGUGAAUCGUCCAGAAUGCAAUGCAUGCACUGCAUGCCUAGGAAUACGUAAAAAAUCUAUUAUUUAUUAUCAAUAUCUUCUAUUCAUAUAGGUAAAUAAUAUAUUGUGCCACAUAAUCCCAUAAUAUCAAAAUAGGGAAAAACUUAAUUUUAAAUUACAGCAUGCCUGUGCAUGCAUGAUUAUUAUGUGCAUUCAAUCAUAUUAUUCAAUCACAACGGAUACACGUAUACGCGCGUCGCGUCGUGGUCACUGACCCACACAUCGAUUCGGCAGGAUUCGACCGCUGCUCUCCCGGCAAAUGCAUGCCGGAAACAUUAUGCAUGCUCGCAUUUGUGGCUCGCAUAAUAAUUGUUUUGUUUUAGUCGUAGGUUACAGAUCGGAAAAGUUUUUUGCGUCUCUGUUUCGCUGACGAAUAGUGUUGAUUUUAUUUCGAGUUUCGAGUUUUGGACUUCUGAAUAGUUUUAUGGACAGUAUAGAAUAAAGUGUUGCGGGAUAGAACUGAUAGGAGAAUACGUUUAUUUAUUAAUCAUGCUGAACGAAAACGAUGAUGCCAAUAUUGCCAAUACAGACAUAGUUUACAAAUUAUCAAAACAAACAUUUUCGUCAUUGAGUUUUGGGGAGAAAAUAAGAAUCACUACAGAUGGAAGACCUACACCAAAACUAGACAACCUGAAAAGUACUAUCAAGAAAUCCGGCGUUAUCCGAACAUUUAAUCCUGAAAAUUAUGGUAAAUAUCCCUGGAUGUGCGGAAGUUUGCACUUUCAGAAGUUAUUCUGUUGGCCAUGCAUUUUGUUUUCGGAUAAAACAUCAGCCUGGAAUUCUUUCAAUAAAGGAUAUUCAGAUUUGAAUAAUUUACAUACCGCAGUACAACGUCAUUCAAGUUCUGAAUCGCAUUUACUGGCAUGGUUAAAAUUAAAGUCAUUUAGCUCAACCCGUAUGGAUACCAGUUUAAGUAAAGCACAAGAACUAGCAAUUUCAAAACACAACGAGAAGGUGAAAAAUAAUAGGGAGGUGCUAAAGCGAUUAAUUGCAACUGUAUGUUUGCUUGGAAAGCAAGAGAUUGGAUUUCGGGGUCACGAUGAAAGUUCCAGCUCAUGCAACCGGGGCAAUUAUAUAGAAAUGAUUCACACAAUUGCUGAAUUUGACGAAAAGUUAUACAAUCACUUGGAAAAUGCAACAGUCUUUACGGGUUUGUCUAGUAACAUUCAAAACGACCUGAUUCAGUGCAUUGGAGAUACUAUUUCAAUCGAAAUAAAAAAUCGAAUUAUUGAAGCCACUUUUGUUGCGAUUUCAAUGGACGAGUCAUCCGAUGUAUCUAAUUUCUCUCAGCUGUCAGUCGUUUUUAGAUAUAUUCAUAAAAAUCACUGUGCCGAGACUUUUAUUGGGUUUUUCGACGUUAGCGCUGAUAGAACAGCAAAUGCCAUCUCAAAAUUAGCAGUGGAUAUUUUAAAAGAGUUCGGCUGUUUGGAAAAACUGAUUGCGCAAACAUAUGAUGGAGCAGCUGUUAUGUCAGGACAUCUUAACGGAGUACAGGCUAAGUUGAAGAAUGAAGUUCCUGAAGCUCUUUUCAUACAUUGUUACAGUCAUAGACUGAAUUUGGUGUUGUCUCAGUCGGUCUCAUAUAUCAAACAAUGUAAAAUAUUUUUUUCUACCCUAAAUGGACUUGUAGCAUUUUUUAGUACAUCCACUAAACGAACCAAUUUGUUGGAUACUGUGGUUAAAAAACGACUACCUAAAGCUGCUCCAACUCGUUGGAGUUACUCUGCUCGUUUAGUGGAAACCGUAUUCGAACAUUACGAAGAUUUGAUAAGUUUAUUUGAACAUAUUUUGGAUGAUGAUGCAAACAAUUGGGAUCAAAUAACAUUACGAGAGUCUGUAGGAUAUUUAGCAACACUAAAAGAUUUUGAGUUUGUUUUUCUUCUGAGACUGUUUUUUGAAGUAUUUCCUCAUACAGAAAUUACCUUUAAUGUACUACAAAAUAAGCAAACAGAUAUACCAGCUUGUAAAAAUCAGAUAGAAACCCUAAAAUGUUUUUUAAACAAUACCAGGUGUAACUUUUUUGAACAUUUGUGGAAAUAUUCAUGUGAAAAUAGAAAAGUCGACACUGUAAGGCGAAAGCGGCGUAGGAACCACGAUGAUGAUGAAUUAAAAGACUCAUAUCGAAAGUUAUUUUUUGAGGUGGUAGAUUGUUUAAUUGUACAAAUUAACGACAGGUUUCAAGAUCUUAAGGAAUUAAAUUUCUUACAACUUGCGGAGCAAUCAAAAUUUGAAGAAUUCGCUAGGUGUUUCCCUGACAAUCUGCUAAACGAUCUGAAAUUAGUUUAUCCAAAGCAUUUUGAUUUUGUCCGCCUUAAGUCAGAAUUAAAUGUAUUAUAUAAAACUAAAAUCCUCAAAUCUAAUAAGAUUUCCGAGCAUUUGGAGGAACUAGGACAAGACGAGUAUAACAUAAUAAUGCCUGAAGUAUAUAAACUGUACAGUUUGAUCAUGACCAUACCAUCUACUUCCGCCUCUUUCGAAAGAAGUGUCCCGGCUUUGAAGCGGAUUAAAACUUAUGUACGCAAUACGAUGGGUGAAGAUAGAUUGUCAUCGCUGGGGCUAAUGUCGAUUGAAAAAAACAUACUAUUCUCAUUGAAACAAAAGGAAGAUUUUUAUAACCAUGUUAUUGCUAAGUUUUGUGAAAGAAAUAGAAGAAUGGAGUUUAAUUUUAAAUAAAUCAUAUUUUCAUAGA